AGUACUGCUCGUGGUUAUUUUCGUAUUGGUUUCUGGAAUUCUGCUCUACCAUAACUAUUUAGUACACAAACCACGACAGACUGCUUCUGUUGAAGAACAAAGUGAUCCCUGUAGAGAUAAGGAAUGUAGUUUUGGUUCGCGCUGCAUGAUAAAUCCCGAUGGGCGAAAUGCUACCUGUGCUUGUCCUGAGAAGUGUCCAAAUUAUGGUGAUCAUACCACUUCUCGAUCUGUUUGUGGUUCUGACGGUGUCAACUACAGAAAUCAAUGUGAAUUACAACGAGCUGCGUGCUCCAGUCAAACCAACAUAACUAUCAAGUUUUACGGAAAAUGCGAUCCAUGUGCAGGCGUUCAAUGCACCGAACCUGAAGUGUGCCAGUUAGAUGAACACCGCAACCCGCUAUGUCGAUGUGGAGAUCCUUGUGCCUUGGAAUUUACUCCAGUGUGCGGCUCAGACGGAAAAACGUAUUCAAAUGAAUGUAUUUUACGACAGGAGGCUUGCCGAUCUAGAAAGCCGUUGAAUAUUAUUUACCGAGGAAAAUGCAGCUCAGGAAUAAAUCCAUGUAUGAGUGUUCGCUGUAAUCAGGGCGAGGAGUGCAUUAUCAACAAAUUUGGAAUAGCGCACUGUGAAUGUCCCGACAGGUGCAAGCCAAUUAUGAGGCCUGUCUGCUCCAAAGAUGGAAGGACCUACACUUCGGAAUGCGAACUGAGAAAAGCGGCUUGCGUUACUCAAACAAAUAUUGAGAUAGCUUAUACAGGAAUAUGCGGUAAAAAUGGUCCUUGUAGUGAACAUGAAUGUCAAUUUGGAGGUACUUGUGUGGAAAGGGCCGGAACAGCACACUGUGAAUGUCCAGGUUGUCCCGCAGAAUUCGAACCAAUUUGCGGUUCUGACGGAAUUUCCUAUAGCAAUGAAUGCAAGCUUAGAUUGGAGGCUUGUAAGCACAGGAGGAAUAUCAGUGUCCUUUAUAAAGGUCCUUGCAACGGUUGUGAGAGUGAAAAAUGUGAUUUCUACUCAGAAUGUGAAAGUGAUGGAACAGCCGAAGGACGUUGCGUGUGUCCAAAAACAUGUUCUGACCCUAAGUUGAACAAUGGAACAGUUUGUGGAACAGAUGGAAUAACUUACGCAAGUGAAUGUGAACUUCGACUGGCUUCGUGUAGAACAAAGCAGUUCAUAAUAUUGGCUUACAAAGGAAAUUGUGAUUUAUGCCAAGGCGUAGAAUGUAAGUAUGGCGGAAAAUGUGAAGCAGGUGAAUGUGUUUGUCCAACAGAUUGCGAAGACGCAGGAGAAGAACCAGUUUGUGCAUCGGAUAUGAUAACUUACCGCAAUGAAUGUGAACUCCAAAAAGUAAGGUGUUCCAGAGGACCUUUAGCAGUUAUUUUCUACGGUGAUUGCAGAGAAAGAUUCCCUUCUGCUACCAACACUUUGAGUACAACCUUCCCUAACAUCACGAUACAAAUUAACCAAAUGACAGGUAAUGAAUUUGAUACGGCAGUAUCUCAACUUCCAGACAACUCAAUCGUAGAUAGCACUAACACGGCAAAGGAAGCUUGCAAGGAUAUAUUAUGUGACUUCGAAGCAACUUGCGAAUUAGGUCCCGAUAACUUUCCACGUUGCACCUGCCAAUUUAACUGCAUAAAUGUAUUUACGAGUCCAGUUUGCGCAUCUGAUCUUAGAGUUUAUCCAUCUCUCUGCGAUAUGAAGAUGGAAGCGUGCCAAAGACAAGAGGAUUUGAGGCUUAGACCUUUAGAUCUCUGUCAAGGAAUGGAAGUAAAACCAUGCAAGGGAGAAAAACCACUAACGGACUCUAUUACAGAAAGAGAAUUAGACUGCGGUAAUGGUCCAUUUAGACAAGACUGUCCUGCAGGAAGCUACUGCCAUCAAACAGCCAAAUUUGCUAAGUGCUGCCGAAAAAGUGAAGCUGUAGUGGAGAAAAAUGGUUGUGGGGAAAGUUGGUUUGGUUGCUGUCCAGAUGGAAAAACUACUGCACAAGGACCGAAUUUUGGAGGUUGCCCAUCUAUUUGUGACUGCAACAAACUAGGAUCGUAUUCAGAUACUUGCGACGUAGAAACUCAGCAAUGCAGAUGUCGUCCUGGAGUUGGAGGUGGAAAAUGUGAUAGAUGCGAACCAGGAUUUUGGGGACUACCGAAGAUAUCUGCAGGCUACCGUGGAUGUAUACCAUGCGGCUGCUCCACUUUUGGUUCAGUGAGAGAUGACUGCGAACAAAUGACAGGUCGUUGUGUUUGUAAACCAGGUGUACAGGGUCAAAAAUGUACAAUAUGCACAAAUCACAAUAAAUAUUUAGGGCCGAAUGGAUGUGUAUCAGCAUCUGAUUUAGCAUCGUCUUCUAACCCUUCUACAUGUGCCGAAAGAAGUUGUUACUUUGGUGCCACCUGUGUAGAAAAAGAUGGACUUUCAUUAUGUGAAUGUCAUUUAAAUUGCAGUAAUGUAAAAGAAACACAAAUUGUUUGCGGCAGUGAUGGCAAGACUUACGGUUCUAUUUGUGAUUUACGCCUAGCAGCUUGUCGCCUUCAAAAGGACAUAGUUCUAAAAGCAUUUGGAUCUUGUAACGAAGAGAUACAAAGCACUGACUGGCCGUAUAGUGGAGUAAACUCCCAACAAUUUACGCAAUCUGACGAAAUAAGUUCCCCUCUAUCGAAAUCGACACGUCAUCUACUUGUACCAGAUCCUCGCUACUACUAUGAAAGAAGUAGUAACGUUCGGCCUGUUUCAUUUCCAGACACAGAUUUCAUUGGAAGCAACCCUGGAUCCAAUAUUUUAUACCGUUAUCGGGGUAAUGAAUUUUCUCCUGCCUACCGUCCAACCCCUGCUACAGUUCGAGUGCUAACUGCCUUAUUGGGCGACCUAUGUUCAGACAAUACGGAUUGUAUUAUUUCAAAUAGUCACUGUGUCAAAGGUGCUUGUAUCUGCUUUCCCAGUUAUGUGGAAUCCACAGAUCGCCAAGAAUGUUUGGCUAAUUCUGAUAACCUGGACGAAUUUAGAGCCUGUAGUAGCUUACCUUGUAACAAUGACGGUACCUGCAUCGAUUUACCAGCAUCAACUUACGCAUGCGUUUGUACAAUUAACUUUACAGGUUUAUUGUGUGAAACCGAAAUUUCACAAAUUCAAUACGAAGUACCAGCAUUCCACGGUACAUCCUAUGCAAGACUAAGACCUCUUAAAGCUUAUCAUAAACUCAGUAUAGAAGUAGAAUUUCAAUCCUAUACAGAGAAUGGUAUUUUACUCUACAACCAGCAAAAAGCAGAUGGCAAGGGAGACUUUGUCUCACUAGCAAUUAUAAACAGUUAUCUAGAAUUUAAGUACAAUUUAGGAAAUGGUGCUGUAGUGAUAAGAUCAGUUGACAAAAUUCAGAUAGGGAACACUCACAGGGUAAUUAUAAAAAGAUACCAUAGAGACGGAUUAUUGAAACUCGACGAUUCCGAGGAAAUUACUGGUCAAUCCAGUGGUUCUCUUAAAGCAUUAGAUUUAUUGGAAGAUGCUUUCAUUGGAUACGUACCAACAAAUCACACAAGGGUUUACGAGAAUAUAGGUACAUCUAAAGGAUUUCAGGGUUGUAUUAAAAGGUUUAAGAUUGGUAGACAGGAUGUAGAAAUACAUAUAAGACAAGAAGACUGGAUUUUAGAAGUGAAAGGGGUUUAUGAUUGCAGUAAACAUGCUUGUAAAAUGUUACCAUGCAAAAAUCAUGGAAAAUGUAUAAAAUUAGAUAGGUUGUUUAAAUGUGAAUGCCAAGCAUCUUAUAGUGGUGAAUUUUGUGAAAACUCAUGCUUAGAAGGUAAAUGCCAUUUCAAGACAGAAUGUAAUCAUGGAAACUAUGGAACAUCGUGCCAAGAAGAGUUCAAGAGUCUUCAUGGGCUUACACCAGAAUUCAAUGGAAACAGUUUUAUCCAGCUUCCAAGACUAGAGGGUAUAAAAAAAAGAUUUUCUAUUGAAGUCACGUUUAUGACUACUGCCUCUAGUGGUCUCAUUCUCUACAAUGGCCAGAUGAAGAAUGGGAGAGGCGAUUUCAUUUCUUUAAAUAUUGCCCGAGGAUAUUUGCAGUUUAGAUUCAACUUGGGAAGUGGUAUAGCUAAUUUAACAAGUUCGACCAGUAUUUCAUUGAAUAAAUGGUAUAAAAUUAGAAUAUCUCGAGAAGGCCGUGAAGGUAUGUUACAAAUAGAUAAUUCAACAGUGAUUCGUGGAUAUUCUGGUAUACCAUUAACAGAAUUGAAUUUAGAUACUCCCUUAUAUAUUGGUUCAUUACCUAAUUGGAAACAAAUACAUAGACUUUCUGGAGCUUCAAAAGGCUUCAAAGGUGUUAUUCAAAGAAUUACAUUCAAUGGACUUCCUUUGCCGAUUUCUAAACUUUUCCCAGAUUGCGUAACAGUAAUAUCUCAUAACAAUUCAAGCUGUAGUUCUAAUAUUGGAUUUUACGAUGGAGCGCCCUGUCCAAUGGUUGAAAAUCCAUGUUUCAAUAAUGGUAUUUGCAUACCCAAUAUGGAUAACUAUACCUGCCGUUGUACUGGAAAUUACAAAGGAAAAUAUUGUGAAACAAUUAAUGAAGAAACCUUGUCUUUGAAAUUCAACGGUGCUACUUAUCUUCAAUAUAGAAACAGAGGUUAUAAAAGCGAAAAUAUAACGAAUUUCACUGACAACAAUGAUGAACCCCACAACAAAACUGUGGAAGAUGAUGAUUUCGAUGAUGGCAACAAUUUAUUUGAUGAAGAAAACUUUUAUUAUGAUGCAGAAGACUUAGAAAUUCUAAGGAAACCAGAACGAGGUAACAGAUAUGAAAUAAAAAUACGCACAUUUAUGUCUGAUGGUUUAAUUUUAUGGAGAAGCAAAAAUAGAAAUCAGCUUCAAAACUACAUAUCAAUUGCUGUAGUAGAUGGAUAUCCAGAACUUAGUUUUAAUUUGGAUCAUGAUGAACCAUUUUGGGCAAUAAGGUCCAGAACUAAGGUAGAUGAUGGCCAGUGGCAUUCAAUCCAAGUAAGAAGAAGAAAACGAAUGGGCUUCAUUUCUGUUGAUGGAUAUGAUAUAAAUAAAGGAGUAGCUAAAGCUGGAGCUAUAUCUCUGAGAACUAAUUCGAAACUAUGGUUGGGUGGCUCUUCAGUACUACCAGCUGGUCUCCCAACCUCAUAUUACAAAGGAUUUGAUGGCUGCAUCCAAAAAGUUCUAAUCCACGGCAAACCUCUAGACUUACUAGCAGAUAAUGAUAUAAAUACAAUUGAUUUUUGCCAUGUACUCCUUGCAUUGGGAGACCAAAUUUACUUCACUGGUAUCAAAUCUAAGUGCCAAUUCAGCUUUUCAAUUAUUCUUAUCAGUGUAUUUAUCCUGGAAUAUAGAUCAUGUUAGCUGAUCUAAGUGUCAAUAACCAAACCAUUGUUCUACAAUUUCACACAGACCAGAGUUAUAAAAAUUAUUCCAAACGUCACCAGACCUUUGUUACGUAGCAAGAAAAAUAAUCUGUUUUUUUAAGUAAUACUAGUUAAAUUGUAGUUUUCCGUAUUCCACAUUAAUUCUGUUCUAGAAUCGGAACAAAUUUUUCCAUAUGGUAGGUUUUCUCGAUUUGAUAACUGACAUACCUCUAACUAUAAAUAUUUUCAGUAAGAUGGCGUUUAUGUAUAAGUUACAUAAAAUGGUGUUUCAUUCCAAUAAUAUAAUUCAGAAACACUGUGGGUGAUAAUCUUUACUGGAUGUGUUAAUAAAACAAAUUUGUAGAUAUAAGUUUGUAACAAUGAUACGUAUUUAUAAUUUCUAGUUUUUGAUGGUACUAUAUAUAACGUACAAAUAUUUUUCAUGAAAUCAAGUAUUAACUCAUUUACAAACUGUAAAAUACAUGUUACGUUGUAAAUAUUUAAAAUUAAAGAAUAUAAUUAUGUCAGUUCCACUGUCCUGUUGCGAUAAAAAUUGAAUAUACAGCUACAGUUUUCAAACUUAGUACUCAGUAGUCUAGAACUGAUGUAUUUAUAUUUUAUUUUCUUUUGAAGAAUUGUGUAAAAAUCAUAGAAUUCUUUUAAAAUUUUACGUUUUUAUUUAUAAAAUUCCUCUUAAGAAUAUAACUACAAAUAAGAGCUUUACUUCAAAUGAAGUACCAAAAAAUGGGUUAAUUUAUUCGCCUCAUUAGUAUCUCAGUCCACUUUCAUACUCUAUAACUAAGUACUCACUGAUUUUCUACUUUAACUAAACAACUGCUGACGUUUUCAUUUGACUUUAUUACUGAAGAAUAUUAGGGCGAUGGUAAAUACUUCUUCAUAGCCACCUUAACAUAAUGAUUAGUAAAAUACAUAUUCAAAAUCAAAGCAAUACUUUCGGAUAUAUGUCGUUAAUGUUAAUAUUUUUUUAUCGAAAAAGUUUUUUUCCAAACACUACUUCAGAUAUUUCCAGGUUGACCUCUUUAAACCUGCCUGAAAGAAAUAUACUGAAAAGUAUCUCCGUUUCUAGAAUAUCUGUAAAAUCGAGUAAAAAAACGAAUAAAAUAAAAACCAUAGAAGAAAAAUACAAAACACAGAAUACCAGAAAUUUUUAAUAAGUUGGGAAAGACAAAUAUUUUCAAAUCAUCAAUAGCUAACAAAGAAUAAAAAUAUGUAAAAAACAAUAAAAAAACACUUCGGAGAUGAUAUAGUUGGGCAUGCAGACCCAAAAUAUUAAUUAUUUUCCUUAUGUACGAAAUUAUAGAAUAACAUAACUAUAGACAAUAACAUCAAUUAAAUACCAAAAAGAAUGUUAUCAAUGGAAUUGAGAUCAAUUAAUUCCAUUCUAUUAACAUUGCUCAACAUUUAAAAUUAAAUAUUCUUUAAGUAAGGCUCUUGUGUGGUUGUAAAUCAUUUUUUUUACUUGAAUAUAUUUUAUCAAAAUUAUGAUUCACUUUAUGCUGUUUAUAUCUAGUCCUUCUAUUAUUAUUUACACUUUUGAUAGUAUUUUUUAUGUUAUAGUGCCAUACUUUCUAGUAAAACAAACUGAAUUAUGUUGGAUACCAACAAUGUCAGUAUUUAUAUAAGCAAACCGAUAUUUUCAGUAUUUCCUCAAUUGAUGUUAAGUAUUAUACUUUCCAAACUUCUACACAUAUUCAAUAAUGAUUUUACUACUUUAAAACAUGAGACGAUACGAAAAAUCCAUCAUAUCUCGUAGCUUCUUUUGAAUAAUAGUGAGUUGAUCGCUAAUUUGAUCAGCAAAAAAGUGUCAUUAAAUGAAAUCUAAUUACAAAAUAUAUUUAUAUGUAUUGUAAUAUCAUAUAUUCAUGUCAUGUUAAAUCGUCUUUAUUUAAGAUCUCUAUUGAUAGAAAAUAAGUUUUGAAACACUUUACAACCUAUUUCGGUCUUUAUCAAAAUAUGCCUUAACAGGACAAUUUGCGUACCUAAUUAUAUUAAUCAAUAGAUCACCUACAAUAUGAAUACCAAAAUAAAAAUCCGCUCUAAUGAGAAAAAUUAAUUUUUCCUUAGUUGUUACAUUUUAAAAACUGUGUACCAGCUAUCAACUAAAUUAUUAGUUGCAUUGAAAUUCAUAAAAUGAAACUAUACAUUUUACCAAAUUGUUCAUAUCUUUUUUUUGUCAUUAACAACUUUUUGAAUGUUCAUAAAUCAUGUUUUUCAAUACAAAUUAUAUAAUAGUUCCAGCUAGCAAUCGCAUUGACACUUUCUUGACAGCUUAAAAAUGCUAUAAAUUCCACACAAAGUUUUAAUAAUCCUAAUAUUGAAUAAGAACUUCAGUUCAGUUCUUAAAGGUUUCAUUUCAAUUUGGCGGUUCAUUGAAAGAUUCCAAGCCGCUGAUAACUUCAUUUGUUAUAUCUGUAAGAAACAUCAUUCCGUCUGUUUUUAAAAUCCGUUAUUAUCGGAAAUAGUGAAAAAUUCUUCAACUCUGGAAGCGAUAAAAAUAUUGGAGCCAAACGUUAACUUAGUAGUGAUAAAAUAAUGUUUAAUAUGGAAAAUUGCAUCUUUUACAUUAUUAAAAUGUACGGUGUGCAAAUCUGUCUCUUGCUUAUCAACCAACGAAUAUACUUUUGGCAUACCAUUAUUGGCGAGCUCACUUGCGGUCGAACCAGUUAGUGGGGUAGUGAUGAUAUGCUAUUCAAUAUCUACUACUUGCUUAGUAGUUAAAUAGCUAGUAAAUGGAAGCUACCUUUUGGUUUUUUGUUCUGUUGUUAGGUCUAUCCCUCAGUAACCAGCUCGAUGCACUGUCUAAUCUCUCCUGAAAAACGCCUUUGCAUUAACUAAAUACACUGACAUUCUUUCAAUUAGGAAAGACCAAGAGUUGAGACAAAUAAGUCCGAUAUACUUACUCACUGCUAGUUCACAACUAUACUUGCCUAGCUACCAGAAAUCGACGUUGGAGUGUAACAAUACUUUCUAAUCAAUCUGGUGUAAACUGUUAUGAAUUAAAAUAAUCGCACAAGCUCACUAAUAACACUGUAGAAUAAUCAAUUCCUUUCACGUGAAACAAUGUUAAUUCUAUUAUUCUAGCGUCAGGCUUUUCCGUGGAAAUCAAGUAGCUAUCAAGAAUAAAGAUGUAACCAUAUGACAAUUUUUUCAAUUGAAAUUUCUAAAACCAUUGGUGAUAUUCAUAUUAAGCCCACCGUUCACUAUUACUACACUUACACUCUCUGUCAGUGUAAUUUUGAGUGUGGUUAAACAUUGUUCUCGCUAUCUAUAUUUAUUACGACUGUUUUUCAUUUCAUAUAUGAACUGAACAACCAAAAAUCAAAAUUUUAAAAUGGGUUUACGUUCUCAAAUUUUUCUCAAUUCCAUGAAGGAAUCAAAAGAUAGUGAAUAUAAUUUGUUUGAUAUUCCUAGUAACAGCUUGCAGCUUUCUCCAUAUAUGGUGAUGUUAAGUCUAGGUCUAGACACUAUCUCUUUCCAUUUUAUUUUUUAAUUGUAAGUAAUAUGACAAAAUUAAUCGCAUAUAGUUCAUACAGUAGAAAAACUGAUGUACAUAAUUCAGCAAGUAUGAGGUCAAAUUUAAAUAACGAUACCACACAUAUAAUAGUAUUAACAAUAAAAAAAAUAGAAAACAGAUGUGAUGUGAAAAUGUUUUAUUACUAGUUUCAGUUAAUAAAUACAAUAACUAUAUAUGUACAUAUUUCAGUUAUCAAUAUAAGAAUUUAUUUUUUUUUGAACACAUUUCAUGUGAUUUGAGCUGCAAGUGAAGCAUUAUGAACAACUUUUGGGUUUUAUUGAGCAUUUUCCAUAUAAACUCAACUUUCGUACAGCUCUUAGGGGUAGUGUUAGUCCAUUAUUUUCAUAUUCUGGCUGAAAAUAGUGAAGCAACUAUUGAAUUUUUCUGGCAUUGAAUUAUUAAGUAUAUUCUCAACCAAUUUUUCUUAAAAUUUUAAGCGAAAUUAUGAAACCGCCAAUUUAAGAACGUUAUAAAAUUGUCAACUUAUGAAUCCAACUGUCCAAUUGUUUCAAAUGAAACAAUCAAGCUAUUAAUAUUUCAACUACCGUUAAUUUUCAAUUAGAUAUCUGUAAUAUCUGUGAUUUUAUAACCUACUGAAAUGGUAAGGAAAUUAUAACAUUUAUUAAGCUAUUGACUUCAACAAACUGAUGUGUUUUUGAUAUUAUAGAAAGUGAACGCUUGAUUGUUAUAUUUAAAGUGUACUUACAUUACUAGUGCAAUAAUUUUUAUGUUGUAUGAAUUACAAUACAUAUGUAUGUAGUAUAUUCUAAAUCGCAUGAAGUUACAAUAGUUGAACAAAAUAAUGAUUUAUCGUUGCAGUCGUGAAUAAACAUUUUUAUCAUUGGAUUGUUACAUGAAUUACUAUUUCGGAAACAGAAUUUUAUAGUUAGUUUAAACUAAGAACAAAUUUAUAAACAACUCCGAUGAAAUGUGUAUAAUUUCAGUGUUGAGCAGUUGUUAGUCUAGCUCAAUCAAUUGCUAAUAUCAUCUUCCAUCCCUAAAAAUACAAACGUUUCAAAGCAAUAAAUAUACAGGGCAGUUAAUUUGACAUAAUAAAGUAUGCUAUAUUUUAAGAAAGCGGAGAAUUAACAAAUCACAAUUUCACGAACAUUGUAGAAAGUAUUUAUUCAAGAUAUAAGUGCAGAAAUUUGUUAUUUUACUAGAAUUUUAGUAAGUACACCGCAAUUCUUGACCGAAAAGCGGAUUGUUUUCACAUUAUAAAAAAUAUCAUAACACCAUAUACAUUUACAAUUCUAUAUUUAUCGGCGUACAUUGUUAAAUUGAAUACUAAAUUAACAAUGUCCAUUUAUUUUGCAGCUGAAGUAAAUGAUAGUAGUCACUAUAUUCUUUAGCAUUUUAAAAUAUUCUAACUACUUUAUAAGUGAUCGUCACUCAAGAAAUACUUAAUUUGUAAAAAUCAUAAAAAUACAAAUGUAAAAAAAACUUAAUACCCUUAAUAAAUGAAAUAAUAAAUCUAUUCAGUAUACUUCCAAUUUCAAUUUAUGGCCUUAUAUAUUUUGCCUAUAUUUCUAUGUUUUUUGAGUGAAUUAGACAAAUGAAUUAAUGCUGAACCCUCCACAAGAAAGUAAGUGUUAUAUGUGUGAAAAUUGAAUUAUAAUAUUUUGAAUUUAAUGUUUCUUACCUAAAAUACUUAGUGUGAAAAGUAAAAAUUUGUGAAAUACUUUCAGAUAAUUAAGUAUGUAUAUAGCUUAAUAGUUAACAAUUUGAUAUGUUGUUAAGUUUUAGAAAAAUGUAGGAUAGUUAGUUGAUUUAACCUAUAACAUGCAAAAAAAAUUAGAUCAGAUUGUUUUCUACUAAUCAAAAAAGUCUGAUAACAAAAAUAUUUAUUAAAACAUUGUGGA